UACAUAAAUACAUAGUACAUACAGUUAAAACAGAACCUUUCAUUUUCACUUAUUAACAUAUCUAAUUAUCUAUUUUCCUACCAAAUUCAGAAUCAGCAAUCAUCAGACAGACAGAGAUGGCAAACGGGGGGUUUGGUUUAGAAUACUGGCUUCAAUGGCAAGUAUUCGUAUGCGCUCUCAUCAUCAUCAUUCCUUCUUUAGUCUUUAUCAAAUUCAUCAAAAACACUCCCACCACCAACUAUUAUCACCUAUGGCUCCCUUGCUGGCGCAACCUCCAUCCACGCUGGCUUUUUCUCUACAGGCUUUUCGCAUUCCUUUCAAUGGCUUAUUUGCUGUAUCUGAUCCUCGCGGCUUUUGGCCCUUUUGUUUUCUUCUUUUACACACAGUGGACUUUUUUACUGGUCACCAUUUAUUUUGCGCUCGGAAGUGUCAUAUCUGCUCAUGGCUGUUGGAAGCAAUUUAGAGAGCGUUCUCUUUCUAAAAUGGAUUCGAGCUCUGUUGAAGUUUCCAAGAUCAAUGAAGAAGCCGGUUUUUGGGGUAAUGCGAUGCAGAACAUUUAUCAGGCUUGUGCAGGUGCUUCUUUGCUUACAGACCUUGUGUUUUGGGGCCUAUUACUCCCAUUUCAAACUGGUGAUACCUUCAAACUUACCCUGCUGAUUGGUUGCAUGCACUCCGUUAAUGCUGUUUUUCUCGUCCUAGAUUCUGCUCUCAACAGCUUACAAUUUUCUUGGCACGGGUUACGAUACUUUAUCUUUUGGAGCUCAGCCUAUAUAGUUUUCCAGUGGAUUAUGCAUAUGUGUUGCUUUUCAUGGUGGCCUUAUCCUUUCCUAGAGCUUGCUACUCCAUGGGCUCCUAUGUGGUACUUCGGUAUUGCUUUAUUUCACCUUCCCUGUUACGGGAUAUAUGUAUGGCUUGUUAAAACCAAAGUCUCAAUGUUGUCAAAGAUGUUUCCUCAUACAUUUAUCAGGAUGGUAGCAAAUGAAAAGCAGAUGUAAGCUGUUGGCACAUGAUAUGUAAUCAAGUCAUCUUCUUGUACUUUUAAAUGUAAGCGUUGUUAUAAUUAUUAAGUUACUAUCAUACUGUGUUUAUACGUCUUUUACUUGUAUAAGUGUAUAGUUUCCAAAACAAAUGUUAAGUUUGACACUAGCUUGUUUAUUUUACUCCAAA